AUGUGGGAUUUUGCUCUUUCGUGUUUCUAUUUGAGUGUUGCAUCUGCAACUCCCCAACCUCGAUCACCACACCUGCCUCGAGUGCGAGGCAAGCUCUCCUCUCCAUCGUCUUUUUCAUCCCUCCCCUGUUUCUCGACCCCCAAAAUCUCCAAAAGUACCCGAGCGGCAAAGUCCAUUCCUUAAUCCAAAAUAAAAAAGCCUCACAACAAAAAAAAUCCAAAACACUACCCGCGAUCCUUUCCUGAAACAAGCGGUAGCUAAGCGCGCCGCCUCCCGUAAGCCUGCAUACACUCACUCCCUUCCGUUCUUGGCCUUUGGCGGUGAGAACGACAUCAUGCAU